CUUGUGUCUACGACUACCACCCCCAUCUCUUCGCUUCUUCGUGAAUCCCCAUCGCAAUCCAGGCUCAAUCUUAUCUACUUGUCUUUCUUGUGAUCCAAGCAGUGUAUAUUGCCUUCACACCGAAGCCUUACAUCCUUGACAUCCUCUUUUCUCCAUCACUUCCAGCAGCCAGAACACGAAACCCUUGAUUGCUGAACAGCCCCUGGACGAAGCGACCAACUCUCCGCUCCUCGUUCCCUCUAACUCGUUUAAGUGUCGGAAGAUUGGUCCAUCCUGUGGAACAGAGGGAAAAAACCCCUUUUACUCUUUCGCUCUCCUGUGACUGAUAAGUUGCCGCUAUCGCCCUGGUUUCCAGGAAAAUAGUCGACAUUGUCUGCGUUGUGAAUCCUUCCGACGCUCCUUCUACCUUCCUAGGGAUCUUUCUUUUCGAAAACAGAGGGGCGCGAGCCCCCGAUUAACGAUAUUAUUUCGUCGUAUUGCUUUGAGAUAAAAGUUUAUUCUUUCGAUUGUUUAUAUACUUCGGGUUUCACCUUGUUUUCGAAGCGUCGUCUUUUUCUUGUUGGUUAUCGGUUUUUUACCCCACGCAAUCCUGAUAACAGAUAAACAAUGCCCAUCAACAUUACAAUCGAUCAUACUUCGACGACUCAAGGGUCGUCAGAGUCUUCUAUGUCAGAGGAAGAGGGCUCAAGCGGCGUCAAUGUUCCAUAUGGACACCACCCGCAGCAGGCCCUACCCUUUUACCCUCAACACCCUAAUUCCCAUCAUUCACAACAUCCUCGGACGGAUUACUCGGAUUCGUUUCAAGACUGGGAGGACCUACAUGGCGAAGAACUGGGGCCGUCUGAUUCUGCGUCCCGGCCACGAACAGCAAACCGACAGCCUGAACAGCAUCCACCCCACGAAUCGCGCCGCUCACGACGGCACAGUCCUCCUCACCACCCAGGAUCAAUUCCUCCACCGCCCCACCACUCUUCACACAAUAGGCAUCACACAAGGCAGCCCGCUCCUUCCGCUCCACAUACGCUUUCUGAUAGUGAUUCUGAGGAUCUUCAUUAUCCUCGACAACCUCAGUCCGCUGGCCCUUCAUCUCCUUGGGGAUCUGGGCCGAGUGGUUCGCCAACUUAUCCACCUGCGUCAGGCCCGUAUCACGGUUACGAUCGUGAGCAACCUCCACCGCCACAGCCAAGGGGUUACCAGAACCCGCUUGCCUUAGUUCCCGCUACCCCACCCGCACAUCCGGGUCACCCAGGCCACCUCCCCGGCCCUAAUCCCUUACCAGGUGGAUCGAACCCUCUUGUUGCUUUCGAACACAACGGGUAUCCUCCACAUCAUCAGGACCCUUAUUCUCGGCAUCCUGCUCAAUCACACCCUGGUCACUACCCGGGUCAUUCACCACCACACCCAGCAUAUCCUGGUCAACCUCAACACUCUGCAUAUCCACCAGGUCACGGAAGUCACGGUAGUCGCCGAUCUAGUUCAAUGCCGUCGUAUAAUCAAUAUGGACAGCCUCAUGGCGCUGGAUACCAUACAUCUCACCACCCACAGCACGGCCAUUCAGGUCACCCAGGACACUCGGGACACUCGGGUCAUCCGGGUCAUCCAGGCCAUCCUCAACAUCCAACGCACGGCCAACCUCCAGUCUCGAAUGCUUUGACUCGCCAUCAACCGGAUCCUUAUGGAUACUACUCUAACAGUCCUUAUAGCCCAUAUGGCCCGAAUCCGUAUGGAGGUGGAUACUUUACUUCUAGCGCUCAUCCCCAUCAUUCUAUGGGCCAGAUGACAAUGAAUUCAAUGAUGGUUAUGGGGCCACAAGGAUAUCCUAUUCCGUACCCUAUGCCGACUCAACGCUCCCCGAGUCCUCCCCCUCCGGUUGAUGACAAGCCGCCGGAGAAGACCGAGGAAGAGAAGCGUGAGGAGGAGAGAUGGGCGAGAUUGCAAGAGGAGAGGAAGUUUAGACAAGAGAUGAUGGAGGAAGAGCGCAGAUGGCAUCAAGAGAAGUUAGACCGCGAGAGAAAGGCGGAAGAGGACGCGAGAGCCCGCAUGGAGGCCGAGGCCGCCGCUGAAGCAGCUGCAAAGGCCGAGGCUGCCGCUAAGAAGGUUGCUGAGGAAGCUGCUAGAGCAGAAGCAGAAGCUAAGGCUAGGGCUGAAGCCGAAGCAGCCUCAAAGCUGGCUGCUGAGAUUGCCGCUGCCGCUGAGAAAGCGCGUGAAGAAGCGACUAAGGAGGCCGAGGAGAAGGCUGCGGCUGCCAUAGCUGCUGAGAGAGCUAAAGCUGAGGCGGACGCUAAGGCCAAGGCUAAGAUCAAGCCGAAGCCAGUCAAGUUUAGAGAUGCUGUCGGAAGUGGAGGCAUGGAGGAACUUAUCAAACAAGCAUUCUUACACGUCGAGGUCAUCGGCCAACAUGUUAUCGACGGCCACUAUGAUCUUCACGGUCCCGACGGCGAGAUCAUCCUACCGCAAGUUUGGGAGUCGGUGAUUGAACCGGAUUGGAGCAUUACAAUGCACAUGUGGCCUAUGCCUGAACCGGAGCCGGAACCGCCGGCGCCUCCCCCUCCCCCACCCGCGCCAGUCGAGCCAGAACCAGCACCAGCUCCUGAGCCUACCCCUGUGCGGGCGCCAACUCCUCCACCGCCACCACCACCGCCACCACCACCACCUGCUGAGCCCGAGCCCGCACCUGCGCUCGCACCUGCACCUCCACCUGCCCCUCCACCACCGCCUGCGGUUGAGGUAGUUGUUGUUGAGCCAGCUCCAGAGAUUAGAGAAGCUGCGCCGGAGCCGGCGUACCAUCACCCGCCUCCACUACCUCAGGUGCUCGCUGUCGCGCCGGAACCUCCUCGCCCGAAGCCUGUUCCGAGUAUUCCGCCAUUGCUGAUGUGGACUGCUGGGCGGUACGGGUCUAAGAAGGGACGUCGUUAGAGACGGAUUGUCCUCGCCAACUCUAUUACCACAUGUCCUGUUUGAAUGUGCUAAAUGUACAAUUUCUAUUUCUUCUACUUUUUUUACUUUUUUUUUGCAUACCUCACUUUUUCACCUUUUGUUUCCCAUUUUAGCCCAUACCGCAUUUCCCAACAUUUCCAUUUUUUCCUUUUCUUUUCGUUCCAAGAGGCAAAAAAAAUACACUGGAUGGGGCGGAGACAGGUAGGUAAGAACGUGAAUAAAAGACGCAUUUUUCCUUAUCAUGUUAUGUUCUAACGGGUCGGAAUGGAGGUGGAGUUUCGGUCUGGCUUUUUCUCUUCCCUUUCUCUUACUAAUCGUAUUGUAUUUUAAGUUUGUGAAAUUCUUUUUCUGAUGAGGGUACCGUAUGAUAUGUGUUAUUAUGCUGCGAUGAAGGCUGGGGUAAUGUUUGUAUGCAGUUUUUUUUUUGCGAAAAUAAAUUAAAAAACAAAUGGUAUGA